AAGUAUUUGUAUCUUUUUUUUAAUGAAUAAAAACUGAAUUUAUUACAUACAUUUAUAUAAGGCUGUUUUGUUGUUAUAAUUAUAGAGAAAACGUGGGAUUAAAAAGACUUGCUCAACCGUAACAAAAAAAAUACGUAUUGAGUCGAUGGAGAGAUAUAAGCACAAGGUACACCUCCGAGUUUGUUUCCCUUGGUUGUUGCUGAUUUGAUGUGCACGUUUACAUAGUUACAUGCAAUGACGUUGAUUUUGAAAGUAUUGUUGAAAAUUAACCCUUUUUUUCUAUGGGUUUUUUUCCCUCUGAAAUAAUAUUCAACUUGGUUUUGUUUGUUUGUUUCAAUGAGUAAUUAUGUUUUUCAUCUAAAGAAUAUAUGAAUAGUCAUAAUAUGUUGAUACUAAUGUUUUACCUUGUCAAGUUGUUAAUAUUUUUCUCUCCUCUGCUCACCAAUCUUAUUUAACAGCAUAUUAGAUUUUUAUUAAUUCAUCGAAUAGACUAAAAUGAAAUAUUUAAUAUUUUGAAAUGGUUAUUGAUUUAAAAAUAUAAUCACAAACUAAAAAACUACUUAAUCAACAAUACUCAGUGAUAGAAAAAAAACAUUUUGUAAAUAUUAUUCAUUUCAUAUAUAGAUUUAAAAGACAAAAAAUAAAUGAAAUUUUUCAUUUUUAUGUUUAAAUAUAUUCGAAUAGAAUACAUAUUAAUUCAAAAGUAUGGAUAGUGAAAAACAAAACAUUGUCUCAUACUAAUAGAGAAAGAACGUUUCACAUAAAAAUGACGAUAGAUCAGAUUUCAAUUAUUUAGAUAAAAAUAUUCUUUUCAAAAUAUUCGAAAUAUCUAGACUAAUUUAACAUGAAUAAUCUUUAUAGAUUUUGAAAAACUAAUGUUACAAUAAUCACAAUAUCUUUUAACAGUUUAUAAAUUAAAACUGAAUAUAUACAUGUUUUUAUUUGAGACGAAGAAAAACAAUAGAAAUCUUGAUUAAUGAAUCAAAAAAAUUACUCAUUCUAUUUCGUCAAAGUAAGAGCAUAACGGAAAAUAGUUUUCAAACAUGUAUUAUAAAUAAUUUGGAAUAUCUGUCGACAUUUAACUUAUAAAUCUUCUAUUGAAAUAUAAAACAAGACAGAAAAAUGUUGGAUGAUAUCAAUUAGGUUAAAGACAUAUUUUUAUUUUUAUUUCAUAUCAGAGAUGCCGGAUGGGUCGGGUUAGUGCUGGUACUCAUCGGGUUGGACCAUCUAUGGGUGAGUGUUAACCCAAACCAAUGGGCUGGACAAGCGAUUUGAAAAUUUUCAAACCUGACCCACCCAUCGAGAUUUUUAUGUAAAAUUGGUCGAUUAAAUCAAGGAUUACCCUUGGAUUAACUCGUGAAAUAAUUUUUGGAAAGAGUUUUAAUGAAGAUAUCAUGAUUCUGCGUAUAUGAUCAAUCAGCUUCUUGAUAUUUAUUGUUUAGUCGGAUGAUCCAGCGUGAUAUACAUAAAACACAAUUUAUCUUCUUUUUCUCUUUCAUUUCUGUCUUUUUUUGCAUCUUUCGUCUCUUCGUUCUUUUUUCUUCACCGUCGAAAUAGAUUUCACUAUUUCGUUGUAUUAUGUCUUCUGUUUCUUUAGUUCGGUAUUAAUAUUUUCUAAUGUCGACAAAGCCUUAUAUAUUAGCUUUGACUUUAUUAUUAUCGGUGAAUUCACUCACUCAAAUGAAAAACGACUUCGUGCAAAAAUUAAUGAAUUCUUUUGAUUGUUACUGCUCUCUACCAGUGGUAUAAAAUAUUACAUAAUCGAGAUUAAAUUGAUAAACUAUUAUCAUUAAAUUCUUUGAUAAUUGACACCAUUAUAACAUCGAUGAAAUCAAUAAAUUCUGGUACAAUGAGAAACUUUUCAUGGAAAUCAUCAAAAUAUUAUAAAACUCCGAAUAGUUUAUCGUAGUCGAUUUAGUUGAGCCUUAUAAUCUUCAUUUACUUUUUCUUCUGUAAUCUAGCAAGUUUUUUCAGAAUUUCUUUUAUUCCACAAUAGUACUAGUUUCAUGAAAGUCUUGCAAAUAUUCUUGAUUCGGUUUACUUCUAAUCUUUUCUUUGUUGAAUAUAAUGAACAAAAUCUGUUUUAUGAUUGUAGGUGAUCUAAAAAAGGAUGAUAAUGAAAGUAUUAUUUACCUUAUUCUACAUAGGAUGUUCUAUAAGUCAUUAGCCAAAGAAAGGUAUGAAUAUCUCUGCCUUAUUUUGACCGAAUGGGCUGAUAUUUUUAUCCUUGAUGAAGAAGUAUUCAUAGCUCAUAUUCAUAAAAGAAACGUUGUCCAAAAAUUAUUUUAAAGUAUUUACAACUGUCUUUAACAAAGAACUAUAAACUUUCGCGAACUAUGAAAAAAGCAAUAGAUUUAUUCCCUUAGCUGAUAAUAAGCGAUAUAUAAUUUUUUCGAUUAAUUCUCCAUAAUAGUGUCGUUGGAUCUCCUAUUUAUACCACAGAUGUAUGUCUAGUUUUACUCAGUAUAUCCUGAAAGUUUCUGUUAUAAAAAGCAAGAUUUUUAUGAUGAAACUGCAAUAUUCAUUUUUCAUAAUCCUGAAAGGUUACACUGCUUUGUUAAAGUUAGUUGUAUAUAGUUUAAAAUACUUUUUUUUGUCAACGUUUCUUUUAUGAAUAUGAGCACAUAUAUCCGUUUACAAUUGUAAGGAAGUUUCGGGACAAUCUGUAUAUUUUAAUUUCAUAGCCUAUCAACUCACCCAUGGAGAAAUUGGUUGAGUUGGGUUGAUCCAUGGAUUGAAAAAAAUGGGAUUUCCGGCAUCUCUGUCAUCUUCGUAUUCAUACAAAAUUAAAUAAGAAAGUUCAAUAAAUAGUUGAUCGAAAUUUUGUUGAAAACUGAUCUUUACAUCAUUCUUACAAGUAUUUAUUUGAAUAAUAUUUUUCUUCCUAUCAGAUUCUUUCAUCUAUUCGGAGUUUUACAUUUCCUAUAUAAGAAAUUUUUCAUGAUUAUAUCUUAUUUUGACAAGAGUACUAGAACUAAUUAUUCAGCUCAUUAUUGACAUAGCAAUGAUUUCUUUUCAUCUCCUAGGGCGAACAAGCACGAUUUUAUACAGUGAAAUACGGAGUAUACACGGUCGUCUACGACUGUCUACGGAUUUCGUAUACUUCAUCAUGGACUCUUAUGCCAUCUAAGAAUAAUGAAAGUUAAAGUCGACACACUAUACAAUGUAUUAAACUAUGCAUAGUACAUGACUGAUUUUACUCAUCAGGAUGAUUCGUUGCUCCUAUUCAUCUUUAGACAGUAAAUCUUCUCUUCUAUAGAAGGUAUUCAUCAAUAAUGUAGAUUAUCACUUUUUUGUAUCUUUCGUUUGGUUUUUACAAUUUUCUCUUUUCUUUUCUUGUUGAUAUAUAACUAAUAGAUUGUAUUGUAGACAAGAUAAAUGUAUUAAUGUUCUGAGUAUAAAAUAAGCGUAAGAAAAAAAAAAGAAAUAUGUAAUAUAGAUUGGCAAUCAAAAUAAUAUUGUAUAUUAUAUUAGAGAUUCGUACGAAUGUAAAAUCGUUUAUAUUAUCGUGUAUAAUAAGAACACAAUAGUCUUAAUAAGUUUUAUCCGAGAAACGUUAUUCGAAAGAGAUGUGCACAAAUUUUAAGAAAACAAAGAAAAAUUACAUGAUUUGAAGAAUAAGAUUCAUCAAAACUAUAUUAUAGAAAAUGUUCAUAAAGAGAAACAAUAAUUAAAAGAAAAUUGAUUUACUUUGCUGAAAUAAUAUCAUUUCAUAGUUUCAAAUAGUGUAUCGAUUUUUCUACUUUUCUAUAUACUUUAUUCAAAAUAAAUAUAAGAUAAUUAUUUGUUUUUUUCUAUCAUAGUUAAGGUCUCCCACUUUAAGAAAAGUCAGUUUUCGUUAGAAUGGUCAAAAUUCAGAUAAAUACAUGGGAAGAUAGCCCGCCAUUUGCUCUUUCAUAAAUGAUAAAAACUUUUCUUCGAUAUCUCAUUUUUCCCAAAAAAGUUUUCAAAAUUUCUGACAACCCCUAUUCGAAAAACCAAAAAAUCUUUUUCGUUUGUUCUCGCUUCACGAUAUCUGGAACGUGCAAAUCAAAUUUCUCUGUCAAUAAUCAUUCAAUGUAUUUAUCUAUUUUUUUUGAAAGAGCGCAUCAAGACGCAGUGCAAUACAGAGCGCUUUUUUUUUUAUUAAUUAGGCUUUUUUUUAUUAUACUGUAUAUACAGAUACUUAUAUAACUCAACAUCCAUUUUUAAGGGAUUUUUGAGUCAUUGAACUUUCGUUCCUUUUUUUCCCAAAAAAAGUAAGUAUUUAAAAAUAAGGACUCUGUACUGCACUGCAUUCUGACAUGCUCUUUCAAAUAAAAAAAAUUAAAUACAUCGCACGAAUCUUGACUGAAAAAUUUGGUUUGCCAAAUAAGCUAUUUUUUACCCUUGUUUGGUCAGUAUCUCACUCAAACAUCAUGAUACAGGACUGAAAAUUUUACUAUAGCUUUUCCACAACAACCCCAACAUAUCCUAAAAAUAUCAUGUCAUUUGCACAUAUCUAGGCUGAGAUCGAUUUUUGAGGGGAAGGAGGCCUGAAAAUUUAGAAAGAAUCAAUAAAUUUGUCUCUUCUCUAGUCAAGUCGAUUACAUUUUAAAAAAAAGAGAAACAAAAGAAAUGAGGAAAAAAAAGGAUACUGUACAUCAUUGACUAACAAAUUUAAUGCAAGAGAACAGAAAGGAGAGAAUUCGCUCUUAGCUAUUUAUCUGUGCACAUCAGACAUUUUGUUUUCUUCUAUGGGACACGGAAUAAGCAAACUGAGAGUAAAGCUCAUUGACUUAAAUAGUUGGAGGUCACAAAAAGUAAUAACGAGAAAACGUAUAUAUGAAUAUCGAUCGUUGGCACUAGUUACUUUCAGCAGAGAAGGGAUAUAAUUUGUACAUACACAACACUGCAUGAGGAUGAGGAUACAGUGCCUAACCUAAACUGUAAUACCCAAUCGUUCAGUUUUUUCUCUCAUGUAUUCUGUGUUUGUAUGAUAGAAUAACUAAUCGAUUCUCUUUCUUCGAUGAUAUCUGGGUUUGUUCUCGCUGUCAUCGCUAUAAAUAAUAGGCUUAUCAUAUCAUAAGUUACCAUUCAGUAUAUAUUUUAUUCUUCUUCCUUCUAUCAUUAACGUAGCAUUGAACGGUUAGUUUUUUGUGCAUAGUCAAUUGGCAACACAGCAAAAUGAUUUCUAAGUACAAUAUAUCGUUGUAUCAAUCAUUCUCAUGGCAAUAUUGUGCUGCUGGGCGACGACAAAUGUCGAUGAACAAUAGAUUAAUGACAAGAAAAAUAUUUCAAUGAUGAUACACAAUAAAGAUAAUCAUGUUAAGAACUUCAAUCAACAGUAUAUAGAAAGAUUUUUAAAAAAAUAAUAUAUUUCUUAUCUUUUUUACUUUUUAUAAAUAGAACUGAAAAAUACUUUAAUUAUCUUCGUCUUCCAGAUGGUGAAUGCCAUAAUUGUUCAACAUAUAAAUGCACCAAUCAUAAUUCAAAUAUGGGUGGCUCGGAAUGGUGUAUCAUGUUAUUUUCUGAUGCUCUUGCUCAUUGUGAUUCUGAUCCGAAUUGUGGUGGAUAUACAAUGACAACAGCUGAAUGGUUUCACACAAAAUAUGAUAAAAAUAGACAAGUAGCCGUUCAUUUGGCUAAAUCUGGUCAAAAAUCUAUUGCUUGUCCAUUAUCCGAAUGGAGCAGUUAUGAAAAACAAAACACUAUUCGUGAUGUUCCUGUAAUCUAUGGAAAAUCAACAUGUGGAAAUGAGUCAGUACACUUAACUACAUAG